CUUUCAGAACGACCAGUCGGUCACAGUCCGUUGCCUUUACCAGGCCAUGGGCCGGAAGGAGUCCAGCAGCCGACCCAAAGUUUGAACCAUGCUCGUGGAUGCAUCUCUUGGUCUAUUAUAUAAAGGACCACGAGGCGGAUGCACUUAUGGGGUGUGUUAAUACUCCGUGCAACGGCCGACUCUAUUCUUUCUGCAGCAAGCCACCGUCAUGUCUUUCAGGGCUUUUAUCGUGUCCCUGCCACUCCUUUGGAAAUAUACUACGGCAUUCCCAGCUGGCCCUGGAUACUUCCCAAAUAAUCAAUCUUCGCCCGUUAAUGACGUCCACGUUGCGGCCUACGGUCUGAUCGACUCUUACGACGCUAGCAACUGGUUGAGCAAAUUCGACGUCCAGGCUAUCGCAGAUCCUACCCAUGGCUUUGUUACCUACGUCAACCAGCAACAAGCGCAGCAGCAAGGCCUCAUCAAGACCCAGAACAACCAAGUAUACAUGGGCGUUGAUACCACAUCCGUACUGAACCCAAACGGCGCCGGCCGAAACAGCGUCCGCCUGCAGAGUAAGACAGCCUACCGCCAUGGUCUCAUUAUCGCCGACUUUGCCCACGUUCCAGGGAGCAACUGUGGCAGCUGGCCAGCCUUUUGGAUGGUGGGUCCCAACUGGCCCAACCAAGGCGAGCUCGACAUACUCGAGGGCGUCAAUCUGAAUACCUACAACCAGGUCACAUUGCACACCUCACCCGGCUGUGUCCCCAGCGUCGGUUCCGGCGGCCAAAGCGGGCACCCCGUCGGCAACGCAGACUGUGGCGCAAAUGGAGGCUUCACAGGCUGCGGCGUUGAGUCUAAUUCUGCCACGUCCUACGGUACGGCUUUCAACGCUAACGGCGGCGGGGUGUACGCCGCGCUGUGGACGUCUUCUGCAAUCAAGGUUUGGUACUUCGCUGCUCGAGAUGUGCCUGCCAACAUUCGCAAUGGAAAUCCGGAUCCGAAUUCUUGGGGCCAGCCGAUUGCGAACUAUGCUGGCUGUGACUUCGAUUCGAAGUUUGGCAAUAUGAAUAUCAUUUUCGAUAUCACCUUCUGCGGUGACUGGGCUGGACAGGUCUGGGGAUCGAGCUCUUGUGCCAGCGCUAAUCCGAGCUGCAACGCCUACGUCGCGUCGCAGCCGCAGUCCUUUGGCGACAGCUAUUGGCUGGUCAACUCGCUCAAAGUGUACAGCGUGUAGAACGACGAGGCCAGAGCGAUCUUGGUCGGCGCUUUUCGAUUCUUGUCUAUAGUUCACGUACUCAUCUACAUUUUCUCUUUAUCCUUUCCGUUUGUCCGUACUGUUUUCAUCUCUCUUGCAUCUGUUCCUUCACUCUUUGCAUUUCUUGUCCAUACUCCCGGACUACCUUGUGCAUAUCCGGUCCUGCAAGUUCUACUUGUUCAUACUCAU